AUGCCUCGCUGUCAUAAUGGGCUUUGCCUUCUUCGAAUCGUCUUUAUUUCUCUGCUUUCUCUGCUCCUCCACCGUCUCUACACCUCUUACUCGGAAGCUUAUCACAGGAUCCAAAACAAGCCAAACAUCACGCGACUGAAUUGGACGGACGUCGAUAUCGAACAUCCGCCGAGGCUCACCUCCGAAUCGGCCGCCCGUGCCGUUUUUAAUGAGCUUUUGGCUUCUACUCCUAUAAAAUGCCCCCACGUGAAGCCGCCGGCCAGCUCGAAGGGACUUGUCUAUCAUCAAUGCGAUCGGGGAGUGAAAGGAGGUGAAAAGCGAUGUCUGCUGAUUUCCGGUACCGAUCGAUUAGACGGUCUUAUUCCGCUGCUGAACUGCACGAAAUGGACGAUCUGUGUGCCCCUAGGGCAUGCGGCUAUCGACAUGAUUGAUGGCGACGUCGAGGUGAACUAUCUGAUGGAAGUGGAAUGGUGGAAGGAAUGGGAUGUUGACGGAAUGGACGGGCUACACCGCGAACCUUUUGACGCUAUCCUGCUGAACUUGGAGCUACACGCCGCUACGGCUCGUCAUUUCAACGCUUCGACAAUUCCCCAAACGCUUGGGCGCAUUAUGAAGCUGGCAAAAGCCGAGACGAUCUUGGUCAGUGUUCAACUACCAAAGAACGGGCUCGAGUCGGUGAACGACUACCGACAAUGGAUACUUACGUCUUUCUACCGUGACUCAUAUGGCCUUAUUGGUGCAUCGACAAAUGGCUUCUGCAUGGAACCGAGCAAAUUCUGCACGUUUGGCCUCUCGUUCGAGCGCUUCGAGAAGUGCUCCGAUGCCCUGGCGCCGGCUUUUGGGCUUGGCUCUCCUACCGAAGAAAAAAUGCGCUUCAUGCUCUCUCUACAUAAACCGCAACCCGAUUGUCCCCUCUCCUCUACCGUAGCUCAGAAAUUCACUUUUUGCUCAACGUUACAACCCAGCUACUAUGACAUCGUGUAUAUUGGCACCAAAAACCUGACGCUCUCCGAUUUUCCGGAAGUGGUGAAACCCACAUCUACAAUCAGGAAUCUGAGGAGCCCCUCGGAGCUGAAUCCAGCUACCGUAACCGAUCUGCUAUUGAUUGAUCUGAAUACCGUAGUCUGGGGAGAGCUGCGUGAAAAUCUGAACAAAAUGAUGGGCAGUAAGCAGGUGGCGUUAGCGAUGAGUCUCUACGUCGAGGAGGGCGAAAACUACCGGCUCUUCUAUUCCAUCACUCGCUGCCUGCGCAAAGCACUUCGAUUAGCAUACGGAAAUUGGCACCUAGAUGCGCCCUACUUGAGGCUGCACGCCAUUUUGAGGCGGAACGGGCUU